AUGUCGAAGGGCACGCACAGACAUGGUCCAUAUCCUCAUGAAAUUGAGCUUGAAAAAAUGAAAAAAGCACUGAAAGAAGCUGCAAAAUACCCCGGGACUCCUGAAACGAUUUAUGACCGCGUUGCCCCAAGUCACGAAAAAGCUGCAUUAUUGAUGAAGCCAAAACAAGUUCAAAAUAUAAUUUAUGCUGCCAAAAAAAAUUAUCAUAUCAGUGCCAAAGAAAGUUUAGAGCAACAAGCUGAAACUAUAAAACAACAUCCUAAAUUUAAUGAGUAUUUCAGAAUAUGUAUGCACCCUGAAAAUCAACAGGAAGGAACAAUUUUAUUUUUUGCCCAUAAAUCGGCAUUAAACCGGUUGAAUAAUGCAAAAGAGCUUUUUUUUGAUGGAAAUUUUAAGAUUGUACCGACUCAUCCACAGUCAAUGCAAACAUGGAAUAUAUUAAUGCGAGAGCAUGGAGCUGAAAAUACAGAGACAUCUCUAGUUGGUUUUGCGUGGUGCACAAAUGCCAAUCACGGUACUUAUUGCAGAAUUUUAAAUUACUUAAAAGAACAGGCACCGAGAUUGGAGAGUAAUUUAGAAACCAUACACACAGAUUUUGAACAGGCCGCAAUUCUUGCUUUUCAUUAUGUAUUUCCUUAUGUCAGAAUCAUUGGCUGUUGGUUUCAUUUUUCCCAGGCAAUAACUAAUCAUUGGGACGACUGUGAAUUAAUCGAAAAGCUAACAAAAGAACAGAUCGAGCUUGAAAUUGUUCCAAAACGAGCUCCAAGAGAGAUCCUUUAUCUGUGUAGAAAUAUUCCUCUUUUGCCACCUGAAAAAAUUGAAAUUGGUCUAAAAAUUCUCUCUAAUCUCAUUGACAAAUAUAUAGUAUCAUGGCCAGCUUUAGGUAGCUUUCGGGACUAUGUGAUACAUCAAUGGGCUGGUAAAGCCCAUCUAUUGUCUUGUUUUGGGAAUUCAACGCGAACAAACAAUAACUCGGAGACUUUCAACCGUUCGUUAUUAAGAAGGAUUGGAGGAAAAAAUCCAAUACUUAUGAAUUUUUCUCAUUAG